CAGGAGUGGGAUUGCCCAAAGCGUCCCUGUUGCCUCCCUUGGGUUUUCAGGAUAUCCAGGUGUAUUAUCCCGACCAAAAGGUCUCUGGUGCUACCAUGCCACCGUCCGCGGAAUCCCAAGAAUCCAUGCAUGUCCACAAACCAUUUUUCAAUGAAAAAUAUGUUCCCGUCCCAGCGAUCGAUUUUAGCAAGAACGUCACGGCCGCGAUCAAUUACGAAGUUUCGCUCGUGGACGAGUUCGUUGCUUCCCAGCGCAAGCGCCGAAGGCGUACCAACUCGACUACGACGGAUGCAGAAGCCCUACCCUUGAAUACCAAAACAUCCAACACCGAAAAUAGUACCCCGAACGCCGAUCGCGACCGCCAUACCGUCAACAAAACCAACACUUUUGUACAAACCCCUCCUUCGAAAGAAAUCUUGAAUGAUUGCAAAAAGAGCAGAUCGAAGGAACAGACGCGUCGUUCGGCGCGCGACAAAGGGAAACGUGAAUUGACUCUUGCGCGCGUCCGUGUGCGCUACGAUAUGCAAUUGGUUCCAGUCGUUCAUCGCAACCGCAAAUUUUUGCAGUCCUUUCCUGCCUGGUGGAAAACACCUGAACCGAAACUUGCUCGCCGUUUAUCGUCUCGAUUGACCACCGAAGCUACGGAAGCCGUGUCUUGCCGGCUUUGUCAAACCCCCACCGCAUUGGCGACCAAUACUCCCUUUUUGGAAAACUCGUCCGUCAUUUGGAUUCCUUCCAAGCGUUCCGAAUGGGAAGAUACGGUUUCCGAGAUGACGGCGGUGUGUACCUCAGGUGCUCUACGACGGCACGUCAUGACGCAAGGCCGUGCCUCGACUUCCAAACCAUUUCAUGCUCCACUCUCCCGUGACUACAUUCGAGAUCGUGUAGACAUUGACGACCCUUUGUUGGGCUACCAACUGCGACACAAAGAAGGUGGAUGGCUACAAGGGUUUGUGAUGUUUACGAACUUUACCACCUGGACGCAUGGAUUCCGUUGGGAUUCUUUACACUCAAAGAGCGGAAUCCCUGCUUUUUGCAAUACUACCAACAGUGCAUCUAUGAAUCCACAAUUUGUAGAUGCCGAUGGCUCUCUUGCGUUGGAGCUGGAAUCGAUGGAACGAUCAGGCGAUCCCUUGCGGGAAGGGAUCGUUUUCCCCCAGCUUGCUGAAAUUGGACUGGUUGGAGGUUUGGGAUGUGGGGAGUAUCUGUUGCGCAUGGCUUUGGACCAUAUUAGGACGAAGGGACAGUACAAGUACGUCGUGUUACAAGCAACUGAUUCAUCUAAAUCUUUCUACGAACGCUUCGGUUUUAUCCGUGUUGGUGCCGUUUGCAUGUACAUGGGUCAGGACGCUUCGAAGCAGGCGGACAAUGAGCUCGUAGGAUACCGUCAUUGGACGCAUGCCAACGAAUCCCAAACAAGCUUGCAUUUGCACGGUGGCCCAAGCUAUAUGAUGUGUUUGAAGUUACCGACCGGAAUUACACAGUGUUGCUCCGGGUGUAGGCUCCCAAAUAGUCUACAGAAACGCCCGUCAUUUUUGGAAGCCAUGCUGUCUUUGCAGGUCUUGCGGAAGCCCGCUAUCACCUCACUUGGCGGAUCUUCAACACUGACCACCACAACACCGAAACUUUCCCGAAAGAACAGCGAUUCUGCUUCUGCAGACGACGCCUCGCAUAGCGAAGUCAAAAAGAAUCUCGGACGCCGGCCAACCACUCCACAUCAUCGACGAAAGAGCAAUACUCCUUCGAAGGAAGGUCCAUCCUCAGUAACAAAACGAUCAUAUGACUCCGAUGCCCCAUCCCAAGACCCUUCAAAAAAGAAACGCAAGGCCAACGGUACCACGGAGAAGAUUUCUCGCGACCGUCUGCUUUCGGCUCCGAAAGGCGGAGUGUCACUGUCGUACGCACAGAAACAAUACCAAAGCGUUUGGUUGGCCGUUCCACCCACUGAACCAAAAGUAGGGCGCCCGCCCCCAAAGCCACGCUCACAGGGAACCGGAGCUUCGGAUGGAGACAACGCGAAGGCGAAUCAAAAUAUUCUUGGUGCUGGCAGCAAGAUUAAGUUCAAGAUUGCGAUUGUGGACGGCAAGGAGAGACUGUACCACUCCGUCCGUGGAAUUGACGGUCGCUUUGUCCGGAUUUAUGCAGACGAGGGAUCGUUUGCUUCAACUAUCGCACCGAAUCUGAUGCCUCAAGCAGUCAAAGCUGCUGCGUCAAAACAGGAGAUCAAAUUCGAGCCUAAAGACGCCGAGCGUACGAAGACAAGUAACCCAAGGCCCAAACCAGUCGAUACGCCUUUACCCCCUCCUUCUGUCCCGCUCAUGCCGCAUCCGUCUGGAAAACCACAACCGAUCGAAAAAUCUUCUUUAAAAAAGCAAAAAGUCCGCUCUUAUCCGAGAAGUCGAGUUCAUUACUUCAACCGUGUUGUAAAAGCCGUCAAGGCUGGUCCAUCACCGACGUACUAUUUUGUGUUGCAUUACGAUGAAGACCGCAAGUGGAUUCGAAUCGUUCCGAUCGAACCUAAGGGGUCUCUGACGGGAAAAUGCGAAGGCCGUGCUCGCUACCAAGCAGUGCUUGCAGACACAGAUGAGAAUCUUAUCUCUGCCAGCAUCAACGAUUUUCAGGUUGUUCCAGCCUCCAUGAUAAUGAAAACUCCUCUUGUCUCUCAAGAAGCUUGGGAUGUCAAUGAUCGGGACACGCCGGUGUAG